AUGGUCUCCCAACGAGACCGUCAGAUCCUACGCGGUGAUCUACGUGGCCGCGGUACAAAUCUCAGCGUAGCAGAACGCGAAGCCCUGCUCCAGAGCUAUCUCCCCGACCCCGCCGAGCUAGGUCAGAAACCAACAUCCCAGCCGACUGUCAGCGAGCGCAAAACACCGCGGAAAACCCCCAUCCGUACAUUUCUCAAGUCGCAAACCCAUUACCUCACCUAUGCCUUGACACAUAUCAUCUUCGGUAUCAUCGUGCGUCUCCUGCAGGCGUACCAUGCCGUCGUCGAUCGCAUUUUUGCAAUUGUCUAUCACCACCACCGCACCCCGGAGCUGAUCCGGAAAGAUGUGAAGAAUCUCAAGCGCUUGCCGCAGCAUCUGAGUACAAUUCUCACGUUGCGGAAGGAAGAUGAUUCUCUCGCAGUGUUAAUGGAUGAGGUUGCUGAAUUGGCUGCCUGGAGUUCAUGCUCGGGAAUUCCCCAGCUCAGUAUAUACGAGAAGUCUGGCGUCCUGAAAUCUUGCAUCCCAGCCCUCCACCAAAUAAUCACCACCAAACUCGCCUCCUACUAUGGCACCCCCAGUCACCAACCAAACCUCCAACUAUACGCCCCUCACCACCCAGUCCACCGCAGCGCACCCAUCACAACAAACCCCACCCUGACCAUUCUUCUCCUCUCCUCAACGGACGGCCGUGAGACCCUCGUCGACCUCACCAAGACCCUGGCGGAGAUGAGCCAGAACGGCAAGCUCUCACCAGAAGAUAUCACGCCGGAACUGGUUGACGCAGAGAUCAGCGAGAUCACUACGCAACCACUCGCUAUGGAUCCUUCGCUACCGGAUACGGUCCUCAAACCUGAGCCGGAUCUGUUGCUUGUUUUUGGUCCGUUCCUAAAGCUCGAUGGAUAUCCACCGUGGCAGCUGAGGUUGACGGAGAUGUAUUGUACUGGGGGACGCAGUCAUGGAAUUAGUGGUGAUGGGGAGGCGGUGGAGUAUCAGGGGUAUAUGCGUGGUCUUUGGCACUUUGCUGGGGCGCAGAUGAGGUUUGGUAGGUAA